UGAACACCAGGUUGAAAGGAGAGUCACUUUUAGCUCGAAGACAUGCUGGAUCAGGUAGUGCUCAUUGCAGGAGUAACGGUGUUGGGCGUGUUAGAGCAAGCUUACUUCUCUCUACAGGUGAUUUACGCCAGACGCAAGUACUCUGUCUCCCCACCCAGCACCUCAGGGCCUCCAGAGUUUGAGAGAGUCUUCAGAGCUCAAGCCAACUGCUCUGAAUAUUUCCCGAUCUUCAUCGUCAUCCUAUGGGUGUCUGGACUCUUCUUCAGCCAAGGUCUGUCAGCACUAUGUGGACUCCUAUACCUGUACGGGCGCUACCAGUACUUCAGGGGCUAUGCUAAAUCGGCACAUGGACGACUAGCCCCUCUGUAUUUCAGUGCCAAGGUUCUGUGGGUUCUGAUCGGGUUCUCCGUCCUGGGGAUUCUGGGUUCUAUGUGUCGGUUCUACCUGGAUCUGGACCUGAAGCAGCUCGCCAACUCUGUCCUCGACCUGACUGAGGAAGAGGGUGGGGGACUAUAAGGGAUGAGUAGGAGGAGAAGAGCUUAAAGGAGAGAUGAUGGGAUGCACUAACAACUGUAGACAAGCUACCUUCAUUGCCAAAUCAAGACAACAAAAUGGAAUGGUUGAUUGAAGUAGGGAAAGAUGUGUUCCAACCUUGAGCUGCAGGUUUGAAAUAAUAGAAGUGUCCGGUCUAGGCCUAUCGUAGGCUAUUUUACGAACUGCUUGUGUGCCAUUUAGAUUGAGGUUACAGUCCCCCUAAACCAAGGCAUGUUUCAGACUGAAAUAUGGAACAAAAACAUUUUUUUGAUGAAAACAAACCGGGUAGGCCUAUCCAUUAAUUAGUAAAGUUAGUUUCAUCUUUUCCAAAAACCUGCAUUCCAAGUGAUAGCUCAUAUCAAACACAGCCAAAAGAAACCCACAUUUGGCAGGUGUUAUCUAAUGGUUAAGAAGGGAAACAUUUAAGCUUUCUAAUGUUCUUAACUGUAUGUCUCAUCUCAUACUAUUAAGCGGAUUACUCAUACUAUUAAGCGAACAGUAAUAUUGAUUUGAAAGGAGCACCUGUUUGGGUAGCGUGAGUCGCAGCUCAAAUUGCGCUUGUAGUCCUUCAUUUAGCAAACCACCUUGCAACUCCAGUAGGCCUAAGUGUUUUUCAAUUUAGACAGAAUAUAGGCCUAGGCAUUUUAUUUAGUUGUCCAGUGUGCUGUCUGACUAGUGUGCUAGCUAGCCGGUGUGUUUAGUGUCAUUAAUUUGCCAUAAGAAAAAUGCUUGUGGAAAAAGCAACUCCCUUGCAAUCAUUAUUGCCAAAUAAUAAAAUGUAAUCUUACUUCACUUGUCUACCAUUAGGCUACUGUAGAAGGUUAAAAGUAUAUAAAUUAUCCACAUGUCCUUGUAAAAUUAGCAUGCAAUUUUUUUAACUGAAGAAAAGUGGUUAGACUGUUGUAUGUGUGCUGAUGCAUCCAAACAAUGUUAAAGCCCCAUGCUUAUUUUAUUUUGAAAUCAUUGUAUGUCUAAAUCUGUUUAUCUAUUGAAAAUAACUCAAUAUAUUUAUAAUUUACUUCCCAGGGCCUCCUUUUGCCAUUGAAAUGUUCAGUCUGAUAUUGUGAGUGUGUUGAUAAAAAUGUAAAGAUAUUUACAUACUCAGCCCUGAUUGGUGGCUAGAAUCAUCUAGACCAGGGAUGGGCAACUGGUGCCCCAGCCCUCCCUUUGUAGGCCCGCGGACCAAUUUCCAAAGACCAAAGAAAAGAUUGUUGCGAUCUAAACUUGCAGUAAUCAUGGUUGAAUUACCAAACAUUUCUCUCCACUCAAUUACAAAAUGUGUAGAAUUGCAGUAAGUUAGCUGUAAAACUGCACAUUUUUCUCUGCCCCAUGGCAAAAUGAGUAGAAUUGCAUGAAAUUAUUUAUAAAACGGCUAAAUCUUCUCUCCACUCCAUCGCAAAAUAUGUAGAUUUUCAGCAAACUUGCUUUAAAACUGCAAAUUUUGCUUAGGGCCUCAAAGGCUAGGGUCUGCUCUGACUGCAUGUCUGGGUAUGCAGACCCACGAGCCACUGCGGCCUUCCACGAUGAGUUCAGAUUUUUUGUGGCCCUCACCCCCAUCGAAGUUGCCCAUCCCUGGUCUAGACUUUCUCUAUCCUACCCCGCGUACCCAUUCAAAGUAGGAGGAUACACAUGCAAAUAAAGGAUGACUGGUCAUUGGUCAGAAUAAUUCAAUUCUGAUGUCAUUAUCUGGACCUAAAAUGCCAUCUCACCUAAAGAAAUAUACUAUACAUUUUAACUAUUAAAUGGGCCAAAUUCUGUGCAUGUUAACUGACCAUUUUAUUUUGGGUAAGGUAAACAUGACCUGUUUUUGGCCAAUGGGCAAGUGCCUUUGAGAGCUGGAAGGCCCAAUGCAGCUGUUUCUAUAUCAAUAUCAAAAAUAUCUGCGUAACACAUGAGUACCUUACAGUAAUAGUUUUUCAUUAAAAUUGACCAAAAUAGCUUUUUAGCUAAACUGUAUUUUUCUAGCAAGAAUUUUGCUACGAGUAACUUGGAUUGGUCUUAGUGGGGAGGAGAAUUUAAUGUAGCUGUUAUUAGCAGUGAGGUUAGGAACGCUGUUUUUGGUCUAUUAACCAACUAUUUGCCUGGUGAUGUCAAGCUAAAGCCCAUUCAAACAGGCUGAUUAGAAGGUCCUGUGUAGAUAGUUGCUUGUUGAAAAUACAAUCAGGAAAUAACACUGAUUCAUUUUUUCACAAGUUUAAUCAGCUUUUGAACAAUAUGAUAUAAAACACAAGGAAAACAGAUUUUUGAUUGCACUGGGCCUUUAAUGACAACACAAGUAUAUUGUGUGAAAUGGUUUUUGGAAUCCCCUGUUUUCCAUUGGUGACUUAGUUUAUGUUGUAUGGCCCAGUGAUCUGUGCUGGAUCUUAAAGUGUUAAACCUCAAGAAAAAAACAUUUGGAUUACUGUUGAUAAUUGAUAUCUGCGCAUCUGUACAUUUUUAUUUGAAUGUAAUCUUUGGUGAGAUGUUCAUUUGCACUCAUUUACUUUGUAUUGAAAUUGUGUCUUCAUAAAUAAAGCAGCUAACUUUGAAUGUUAAA